AUGGUCACACUUCCGCCACAAGCCAGCAACAACUACAAGGAAACAGCGAACCGAAAACGAAAGACUCCUAUAUGUCAAGGCAGCGAUACCCCAGUAGGAAGGAAACGGAAAGGCAGGAGAAUUUGUCCCGCUAAAGCGCCGGUCAGCGACCCCAAAACCUUCUCCGCUCUGCCAGAAGAACUUCGACUCGAAAUUUACAGGUGGAACGCAAAUCGCAUAGCUAUGAAUCACAUUCCUGGAUUCGAACAUGCACUCUGGCCCUCAAUCGCAUACGAUUGCGGCAUCGCUGGAGUCAGCCGCCAAAUCCAGCAAGCUGCUGACGACGCCCUAAUUGCACUGGACCGAGAGAAAGAAGCACGCAUCUACUUACACUGGAAAGGCAUCAAGCAACUGCCUCGCCUUUUGCAGUUACUUGCUCACACGUAUACCUGGGGCGAGCGCUGGCUUGAAGCCAAUCCGCCAUUUGUAACAGAUGAUAGGCAAGAUUGGGUGCGAGUCAAACAGUCGACCUCCCAUGAUCUCAACAUACUUCUCUACGAGUACCUCAGCCCCACUCGUUACAAGAGUAUCUUCGACGAACUUGGAAGUUCUUCACGAUCGCCCAAACUCGGCACACAUGUACGAAACUGGUUCAGACACAUUGCUGUGAACUGCCAUACUGCGGCGCCCAUUUCCCUAGACGAGACUGAACGGCAUCUCUUGGUCAAAUUCCUUGAGAUGACAAUGGACAAGAUGCGGAACCCACGUACGACCGGCGAUAUAGAGAUAUGUCUCAUCGUCCCACGAGCUUAUUCGUUUUCUUUGGCCUCUGUGGAUCAGGCCAAUGCGAUAGAUCCUUACCACAUCGCGCAAUAUAUGUACCAGCUCUUUAAGACGUUCCGCAAAGAUUUCCGCAUAAAAUUCCACCUUCUUACGAUUCUUGAAACAUCAACACGCGAGCAACUUUGGACAUGGCCCAUCGGAGCUUAUAUCCCUUAUCUGGAUCCAGGCUUUGAGCUUAUGGAAAAGGUGGAUGCUGAUGAUUUUCAGGUCAAUUUCGGCGGCAUUACACGUGAAGAUAUCGAGACGAUGGGUUUUGCUUGA